AUGGGAGAUCUGGUAACCGUCACCAGGCUGCUGACAUCAACGGACAGUCACUAUAUCGACCUGAACUAUCAAGACAAGACCGGCACUACAGCGCUUUCACGUGCUGCAAGGAUGGGUCGCACAGAGAUUGUGAGAUAUCUACUCUCGUGGCCUGAUAUAUCCGUAAACUGUGCUGAUGAGUUUGGCUGGACACCGUUAUCGUGGAGUGCACGGUACGGUGACCAUGACGUGGUGCAGCUGCUGCUAGCUCACCCGCACACAGCAGCUGAUCUCGCCGAUGAGACCGGAAUGACGCCUUUGAUGUUUGCAUCACGUAAAGGACAUGCCGAGACUGUGCGCCGUCUGCUUGACUCAAACCGAGUCGACAUAAACCUGCGCGAUAACGACGGUCGUACUGCAUUGUCCCACGCGGCCGAAAAUGACUGGGCGUGCGAUGCAGUAACAGCACUUCUGCGAUAUCCCACAGUUGAAGUCGAAGCCAAAGACCAUUCUGGAUGUUCGCCUCUGUCUUGGGCAGCUCAAGGAACUGCAACGACCAAUGUACAGACAUUAUUGCAGUGCUCUGGCGUAAACCCAGACUCUAGUGAUUACGAACAGCGGACACCAUUGUACUGGGCCGUAGAUUGGGCAGCGGUGGAAGUCGUGGCCUUGCUACUUUGCGACGAUAGAGUCAAUCCUGAAGCAGCCACUGUUUUUGGGGAUACGCCAAUUAUGUUAGCUGGGGUCACAGGGAAAGAGCACAUUUUACAUCUACUUCGGGAGAAGGUUAACUUACGGUAA